AUGAAGCAGAAGGCCACAGUUACAUGCUCGCGGCGGAAGAACCGCAAGGCGUACUUCACGGCACCAUCGCACAUCCGGCACAAGUUGAUGUCCGCUCCACUGAGCAAAGAGCUGCGAGCGAAGUAUGCAGUGCGAGCAGUGCCCAUUCGCCGAGACGAUGAGGUGAUGAUCGUGCGGGGUCACUACCAUGAUCGCGAGGGCAAGGUGACGCAGGUGUACCGCAAGAAGUUCCGCAUCCAUGUGGAGCGUGUUACCAGAGACAAGGCCAACGGGCAGAGCGUGCCCAUUCCAAUCCACCCGUCAAAGGUGAUGAUUACGAAGCUGAAAUUGGACAAGGACCGAAAAGCCAUGCUGGACCGCAAGAACCGCUCCGUGAAGAAGGGCAAGUACACAGACUAG